GACAGACGCGGUGCCCGCAGCAAAAACGAAGCAGACGAAGGCGGAAGUCAAGUGGACUUGGCGACCAAGACAAGUUCGGAACUUUUCUCGUUCUUCGGUUUUUGGGAAGUAAAAAACCAACACUUUUUAAACUCAAAGAAAAAGAAGAGGGAUAUAGAAAAAAAAAAUCACUUUGACAUGACGAAGCCCAGCCGGUGAAGUGUGAACGUCGCAAGCGUCAUGGAUGCAGAAUUAUGUAACCAUGGCGACACGACGGCACAGGAAGUGCAUCUCCCAUCAUGCCUUGUUCUGGACGACAGCGAAUCAGAGGAUGUCCUCCAGGCUGUGAACCCCAACCAUGUGUUUGGUGGCGGCCCAUCCUCAGACAGCGACAGCGGCGUUUGUGAGGAUCCCGCGGUCCAGAGUCCCGUUGCCACGGUGACGCUGACCCAGCCCUGUGUCUACCGGGUGGUGUAUGACCUGAACGAGCCCGAGCGGGCGAGCGCGGACGUCGUCUCCAUCGAGCUGGACUUAUGGAGCUCGCAGACUCUCAGGCCCGACGCGUGCGUUGUUGGUGAGAUGCCACUGGUCUCCGGCGCCAAUGGCCCGCCGACCGUGGACUUGUCCGGAUGGGAGUUGCAACUGACAGAGGAGGAGCAGAAGUUGCUGAGUCAGGAGGGCGUGUCCUUGCCCAGCCAGCUUCCUCUCACCAAGGCCGAGGAGCGAAUCCUGAAGAAAGUUCGCAGGAAAAUCCGCAACAAGCAGUCUGCUCAGGACAGCCGCCGCCGCAGGAAGGAGUACAUCGACAGCCUGGAGAACAGGGCAGCAGUGUGCACAGCUCAGAACAAGGAGCUGCAGAAGAAGGCGGAGCAGUUGGAGAAACACAACAUGUCUCUGCUGGGUCAGCUGCGCCAUCUCAAGUCUCUGAUCAAACAGACCGCUAGCAAGGCAGCGCAGACCACCACCUGCUUACUAAUCAUCUUUGUGUCACUAAGUCUGAUCCUCCUGCCAAGUUUGAGUCCAAUCAGCCGCCGCUCGUUUGCAGAUGAUGACUACCGGCCCUCCGGAGUACUUUCCAGAAACAUCCUGACUGACGUCGCUUCCUCCCCGCCCAAGCCCGACGAGCCGUUCGCUCCGGAUUCCUCGGUUCCGCCUGACCCAUCGGGCCAAUCAGAAGCGGUGGUCAACGACCCCGAGCUGAACCUUGACCGUGUGGUCCCGCUGAGCGUUCAAUCGGGAAACGCUUCCAUCGGGACGCCAAGUCACCGCGUCACCAAGUCGCCGCAUGCAGAUGAGAUGUAGUGACUCCGCCCUCGCCAACAGGAACUCCUGAUGGUACAUGAGACUUUCUCCCCUCGCUAUUGGCCGACAUGGCGUCCAACCUACAAGCUGGCAGUGAUAGUUUUCGUUUACGUUUCUCCAACGUGUCCGUCAACUUUUUCACUCCGUCUGCUGACCGCUCACUUAUAGUUCCUCCUUCCUGUUUUCAUGUCACAUUCAAAGACUAAAGGUGUCAACAUGUACACAUCUGCGUCAUACAACAUCGCCUCAACAACGCUAUAACAACCAAUUCCCCGACAAAGGACAUUUUGACAAACAUGAUGAACCAAACAAACACAUCACAACAACGUAACAACUAAAGGGAAAUUUCUACCAAAACACCACAAACACACAAACAUGUUUUUACUCCUUUUUCAUUUUUAUUUAAUUCAAAUUAAAAAAAAAAUUUCACAAGUAAAAA